AUGUUUAUUAUUGAUGUACAAGGCUUUCAGUAUGGAUCGGGAAAUUUUAUUUGUAAAGAAUUGGCAAUAGUCAACGUUAACGACAAUGGACAUUUGGCUGCACAUAAAUUUAUAAGUUAUCCAUUUGAAUUGAAACAGUACAAUUCAAAAGUUAGAGAUCAUAUGGAAUGGAUAACUUGCAAUGUUCAUGGUUUAGAAUUUGAUGUUUUGUAUGGAGAAGAAAAAUGUUUACCGUAUGAAGAUAUUUCGAGUUUCAUUAAAAAACACGUGUGUUCAGAAAUUGUUGCUGUUAAUGGGGCAGAAAAGAAGCAAUGUUUAAAAUAUGUAAAAGCAAUUCCAGGAGCCUUUACUCCUACCAAAGGAUCUCCUAGAGCUGCAGGAUUUGAUUUAAGGAGUGUCUACAGUAUAACCGUACCUGCAAGGGAUAAGGCGCUCAUAAAUACAGGUCUGAAAUUUGAACUGCCUUCAGGAUGCUAUGGAAGAAUAGCACCUAGAUCAGGAUUAGCUUCAAAAAACGGCAUCAAUGUUGGAGCUGGUGUUAUCGAUCAAGAUUAUAGGGGAAUUGUGAUGGUUCUACUCUUCAACCAUUCGAAUGAAGACUUUCAAGUAAACGUUGGAGAUCGUAUAGCUCAAUUAAUUUGUGAGCGUAUACACUAUCCUGAAUUGGUUGAGGAAAAAGAACUUACCCAUACAGAACGCAACACCAAUGGUUUUGGAUCAACAGGGCGAUAAUAAAAACCUAGCUCUAAGUGUUUUUUUUUAUAUAACUUGCCUAUAAAUAUUAUUGUAAUGAAUAUAUUUAUUAAGUAUAUUAAGCCUAUUAAAAAAAUAGAAGCAUUUAUGCUAGAGAAAUUUUCUCAAAUCGUGGUAUAAAAUGUAAAGAUUAUAUUAUUUUACUUUAGUAUCCAUAAUAGUUAAGACAGAUAGAGAGCGUGAAAAAUUUUAUUAAUAAAAAAAUAAGAAUGGUAAAUACAGAUCUUCCGCAAGAAGUAUCAGACGAGAUUUGUAAAUGGUGAGAAUUUAAAAGAUGUCCUGCAUUCAAUUACGAGUGUGGUAGAUUGUUGUCAGCAUUUGACAAUCCUGGGAAAUUAACAGGUGCUGAUUUAAAAAGGCUUACCGACAAAUCUGAUGUACCUGAAUAUGUGAAAACUGCAGUAAAACGGGACAUUGAUGAUCGCCAUGCUGCACAUUUACGUAACAUACCUCGACAUUUUUAAUUUAUGAUUAUAAAUAGAUCAGUUUGUAAUAUUUAGCAUAUGUAAAAAAUAAACUGUUUUAAAAGAUUUGUCUACGUGUGUUUUUCUGUUAAUAUCUCCAGUCUAGACUAGGUUGGUUAAUACAACAUUUAGUUUUAAGUAAACCAUCUAAAAUUAGUACUCUUAUUGAUAACCUUUAACCUAUUAUGCAUCAUCACAUAAAAUAACAACGCAAUAUUUUUAUUGAUAAUCUUUGACCUUUUAAACGUUAUCACAUACAACAACAACAACAAGGCAUAAAAGUAAACAAUAUAAAAUUAGUACUCUUAUUGAUAACCUUUAACCUAUUAUGCAUCAUCACAUGCAAUAACAACGCAAUAUUCUUAGUGAUAACCUCUAACCUUUUAAACACACAGCAACAACAUUGCAUUUUCCUAAAUUUUAAGAAAAUUUCUCGUCUAUAGCACCCCAACCUAUGUAACUCUUAUAACAUGGCAUAUAUGCAAACUCCCUAAAUCUACUUAUUUAGAUCUGGCAAAGCAGCAUUUGCAGUACCCUCCUGCUUACCCUUAAAAACCUACCCUCACCCACCCCCCUAACAAUUAUAUUAAGGCCCUUUUCAACAGCCUCCGGUAAAUUUACA